AUGACGGAGGUAUUUGAUGAGCUGCUGGUCUCCCUUCAAUCCAAAACAGGCACCCUCCGCAAUGGCUCUUCGCGCCGCAGCCGUGCCGUGGUGAAGUCGUCCGCGCCGCUUUCUUCGGCUUCCUCCUCCGCGACUUCCCCUCCUGGCAGUGGUGGCCCCGUCGGUGGCGGGGGCGGCGCGCCCAUACGACGCGCCGGGCGUCAGACCGCCGGGACGGGCCUUUCGCUGAGCGAGGGAGACGGGAGGCCCAAGUCCGACUUCGGCCUCCUUUCGACCACCACGAACUCGUCGACCAGGCCCAGCGCCAGCGGACUCACAGUGUGGGACCGCAACGUGUCCGUGACCGACCUCGUACACCAAUUCCUGGGCGAUCCACCGCCGCAGCCGCCGGCCGCCGCCACCAACGUCGAAAACGGCUGGCGAGCUGGGGUGGUCAAGUCCGCGAGUCAGGAACAGGUGGCGGCACCGAUGCCGCACCCGCUCUCGUCGGCCCUGUCUCCGCAGCUGCCCAUGCGGACCAUGAAGCGCGCCAAGGCGCUCGACCCGCAGCGCCUGCGCGAGGCUGAACGAUUCGCUCUCGAAGCCCUCGGCGAGUCGAACGACUCCAUCGCGCUCUACGAGGUCGGCGGAGAGUUCAGCGGGGCCGGCGGCGAUGAUGACCAACCCACACGCGAGGAGGAACGGAGAAAGAAGGACCAGGAGUGGGAGAACCUCAUGCAGGGCCUCUCCGCCAACGCGUCACACUCACGCGACGGGCUGGACGCCAUCGCAGAGGUGGUCGGUGAUGAUGCCCGCCAGCAUCGACACCAACACCAACACCAGGCCAAGGUGGAGGAAGACGACGAGGAGGUGAAGAGGAAGACGGCCACACUGGAGCAGCUGCUGGCACAGCUCGAGGUGAACGCGCUCGACGACGAGGAUCACUACCAUGGCCAGGAGACGUUGUCCGCGUCGUCAUCGCUCGAGUCCAUUCCGAUCCCCGACGAGGAGGCAGAACCCGCCACCAUGGUUGUCGGCAACACCCGCCAGCAUCAUCAUUAUCACAAUCACUACCGAUUCGGUUUGCCGACGUCGCCGGGUGGGCAGCUGCGCUCAGUCUCGUCGCCUGCCCUCUUUGGACCGGCCCCGACCACUCAGGACAGGAGCGUCGACAUGCGGCUUCUCAACGAGCAGCUCAACGACGGGCCGAUGCUGCCUAACGACCGAGAUGCGUUGAGGCUCGAGCAGAGCGCUCCACUGGGCACCUGCGCGCGCUGCCACCAGCCCAUCCCUGUGGGCGCCCCCAGGCUGAAGGCCCUCGACCGCACGUACCACUCAGGCUGCUGGGUGUGCAAUCAGUGCCUGCGCCCGCUCAACACGGGCGCAUUUUUCAUGCUGCGGGGUAUCAAGGACGUGCCCGUGCGCAUCGGUGAGCAGAAGUGGCACAGGAGUUGCCUGCAGUGCAUGCAGUGCAAGAAGUCCCUCCAAUACGAAACCUGCAAUGACCAACACGGCGUGCCGCUCUGUUCCGCUUGCGCCGAGCCGACGGCGUGCUUUUACUGCUCCGGUUGCGGCAAGUCCAUCCACGGAGAGAUCUUUGUGGCGAUGAACAAGAACUGGCACGAGGGCUGCUUCGCGUGCACCGUGUGCCGGGUGCCCUUCGAGCACACCUUCUACGCUGGCCCAGACGGCAGGCCCUACUGUUCCCUUCACAUUCGCCCGUCGCGAUCCAUCACCUCCUAA